AGCGGCGGAGGAAGAAUCGCCGCAGGAGAUUCAUAUUCCGGCCGAAAUCGAUUGGCAAAUGCUCGAUAAAUCCAAAUUCUUCUUUCUCGGUGCGGCGUUGUUUUCAGGUGUUUCUGCGUCUCUUUACCCUAUGGUAGUGUUGAAAACUCGACAACAGGUCGCUCAUUCGCAGCUUUCUUGCAUCAGAACCGCCUUCCACCUUGUCCGGCACGAAGGUUUCCGAGCUCUCUACCGUGGAUUCGGGACUUCUCUGAUGGGGACUAUCCCGGCUAGGGCUCUGUACAUGGGAGCUCUUGAGUUUACUAAGAGCUAUGUAGGGACUGCCACUGUUAGAGUCGGAUUUCCAGAGGCCACUGCCGCUACCAUUGCUAAUGCAGCUGCUGGAUUGAGUGCUGCAAUGGCUGCUCAGCUUGUGUGGACUCCUGUUGAUGUUGUGAGUCAGAGACUCAUGGUUCAAACUCAUUUCAACAAUCCUAAUCCUUCCUCGACUCGUUACAUCAAUGGAGUCGAUGCAUUCCGUAAGAUCCUCAAUGCCGAUGGUCUCCGAGGUCUCUACCGAGGUUUCGGGAUAUCGAUUUUGACAUACGCACCGUCGAAUGCAGUGUGGUGGGCUUCUUAUUAUGUAGCACAGCGGUUAGUAUGGGGUGGAAUUGGAUGCUAUUACUCAAAGAAGCUUGAUGAAGGCAAUGAAAAUGGAAGUUCAAACGUUUACAGACCGGAUUCCAAGACGGUGAUCGCAGUACAGGGCGCGAGCGCAGCAAUGGCAGGGAGUAUCUCGGCUCUGAUAACAAUGCCGCUCGAUACAAUCAAGACGAGAUUGCAAGUUUUGGAUGGGGAUGAGAAUGGUAGACGAGGGCCAACAAUUGGACAGACAUUGAGAAAUCUGGUGAGGGAAGGCGGGUGGACGGCGUGCUACCGAGGGUUGGCGCCGCGAUGCGCGUCGAUGUCGAUGUCUGCAACAACAAUGAUCACUACAUAUGAGUUCUUGAAACGGCUAUCAACCAAGAAUCGAGAGGGAUUAACAAGCUGAACAAACAAACAGCAGGAAGAUGAUGAUGAUGAUCAUGCAUUUUCUGGAACUGUUUCUGAUAAUUCUCCUUUUUGUUGAUGUAAUGCAAGGUAUGGCAAUGUUCAUAUAUAAAAUGUAUAGAAAUAAUUACUUGCUGUAAAAUUGGUAGCUUUUUUCUUCCAUUUUCCGCCACUAUGUAUAUGUUUUUAGAGUUUUUUUCAUGGAUUUUCAAAGGAAAAAUUGAAGAACUGGAGAUUAUCCAGAUGAAUUAA